GCUCACUGGUUAAAGGAAGUGACUGCCGGCAGCUCCUGACCCGGAAUCGGAUCCUGGUCCCGCCCCCUCCGCCAGGCUUCGUUCUGCAACAGGCGUGGGUCACGCUGUCGCUCGCUCUUUUUCUGCCGCCAUCUUGGUUCCGCGUUCCCCGCACAAAAUGCCCGGUGAAGCCACAGAAACCGUCCCUGCUACAGAGCAGGAGUUGCCACAGCCCCAGGCUGAGACAGCUUUGCUUCCUGUGUCUUCAGCCUUGAGUGUCACUGCUGCUUUAGGGCAGCCUAAACCUACCCCUACCCCUACCCCACCUUGUUCCCUGGCCUCCCAACAAUGCCCUCUGGCAACCCCUAACCAGCCUUCCUCAUUCCUUUCUCCCUCUACUAUUGCCUCAACCCCUUUUGAAGCUCCUUUUCCUGAGUCAUCCACUGGGACAGCCCUGCCUUUGGGAGCUGCCCCUCCCCCCGCUGGCACCCCAGCUUUCCUACCAAACCUAAUAGGGCCUCCCAUCUCCCUAGCUGCCUUAGCUCUGGCCUCUCCCAUAAUAACUCCAACUCUGAAAGGUGUUCAUUCCUCUUCAGCUCCCUUGGCUCUGGUGGCCUUGGCUCCCCACUCAGUUCAGAAGAGCUCUGGCUAUCCACCUAACCCUCUUAGUUCACCUCCUUCAGUUGCUGUGAUUGAGUCAGGGUCAGUGACAUUUCUGUCAGCUCCGGUUGCUUCCUCAGAACCAAAGCCCUCUCCUCUUCAAGCUCCCUCUCAAGUAGUCCCUAAUCCAAAAGGUACCCCCAGCUCUCCAGGUGUAGUCAGUGCUGUUACUUCCCAUCUUGUAACUCCUUUGGCCUCUCUUCAGUCUGGACUAGCCUCAUGUCCUCAGAUGCCACCUGCCACUCCCCUAGCCAUCCCUUCCCCUCAGGUCAAAGGCAUCCCUAUUUCCUCAGCUCUGACUUCUCCACAAAACCCUGCAAGCCUCAGCCUAAAGGGACCCCUUAGUCCACCUGCUGCUUUAUCUCUUUCAACUCAGUCUAUUCCUGUGGCUCCUCAUACCCCCCCAGUUUUCCUCACUUCUCUUGGUUCUCCUGUUCAACCUUCAGGUUCUAAUAUUCUGUCAGAUCCCAUAGAGGAUACUGUUUCUGUAGAUCAUUCUUCCACGGGUACCUCUUACCCUUCACAGAGAUCUCUAAUUCCUCCCCUUCUUUCCAAAAUUGAGGUGGUUCCUACUGCUGUGGCUGCUUUUCCGGUGGGGGCUCCAACUUCCCCUCUGGCUCUGUCUGCUGACAAAGGCCUCUCUACUAUCACUGACAUAGCCUCCUCCAAUGUAGCUACCUCUUCUCUGUUAUCUCCUACAGCCUCUCUCAUUCUCAAAGACUCUCCUAGUGCUGCUCAUCAACCUUUGGUGGCCCAGAUUCUCGGUUCUUCUCCAGGGAGGCCAGGCUUGAAAGAAGCUCCUGUUUCUUCUGUUGGAACCACCCCACUUGGGAUGGCUAACUCCUCUACAGUUUCUGCAGCACCUGUUACCUUUGAGGUAGCUGCUUGUGUCUCUCUUCCAGUUUCAUCAGGUCCCAUGAGCAGUAAGGACUCAGUUUCCCAAAUUGCCUUGGUUAUGGCGCCUGUGGCUCCCAAAGAGCUUCCUACUCCUCAGGUAACCACCACUUUGGGAAUACCAGUCUCUCAACCUCUGCCAGCCCCCGAGGACCCCAAAAGUCUCCCUGUUUCACCAGCCCUGGCAGCCCCUAAAAAUCUCCCUUCUCUCCAAAGUACGUCAUCUUCUCUGGAGAUAGCUCUUUCUCCUGAAGCCACCUUAGCAAAGAAAAGCUUCCUCGAGCCUCUCCCUGUAGUUAAGCCAGCCAGUACUACUACCUCUUCUCUGGGGGUCAACUCCCCAACCUCUAUAAUCAAGACAGAUUCUUAUGCAAGCCCAGAUCCAACUAGUGUGCUUCUCAAAAGUUCUCUCACUACCCCAACUGUAACUACAUUUCCUUUGGAAAGCACUGCCAUUGAUGGGAUGGCUCCUACAACUGCCAAAGGUACCUCCCCUCCUACACCUGUAGCCAGUCCUUUUCUAGAAGGAGCUGUCUCUUUAGAUUCUAAAAGCCACCCUGCCAAGAAGAGUACUUCCACUCUUACUACUUUACCUUUGGUCCCUCCAACCUCUGAAAGUUGCCCUGUGGCUCCAGCUGGGACUUUAUCUCCCCAGAAUGUUUCUGCUUCUCCAGCUACUGUGGCACAGGUCCCUGAAAUUCCCAAGUCUGAGUCUUUUCCCCCUCUUCCUCCAGCUGGUGAGUCUCCUCAAAGCAAAAGAACUCCAACCAAGAAGGGUUCAGCUACUACUACCUUAAGUCUUGCUCCUUCUGUUUCUAAAAGUGUACCUGCUAUCCCUGAUACUCCUGCUGGAAAUCUGUCAUUCACUAUUUCCCCAGUUGAAGCUUCCUCUCUUCCAGAGGCCAAUCUUUCUUUUCAUGUCCAUAAAGGAUCACUAGCCAAGAAGCAUUCCCCUACUCCCCCAUCCCCCAAAGAGGCUCCCAUUCCCCUACCUAUGUCUCCUCCUUCCCCCAAAGCGGGGCCAGCAACCCCAUCCCCUAAAGAAACCCUAACUCCUCCAGCUGUGACUCCUUCCUCCCCCAAAGGAGCCCCAGCAACUCCAUCUCCCAGAGAGUCCCCAGCUACCCCAUCUCCCAAAGAGGCCCCCACUCCCUCAGUUGUGGCUCCUCCUUCCCCCAAAGGGGGACCAGCAACCUCAUUACCUAAAGAGACCCCCACUCCUCUAGCUGUGACUCCUUCCUCCCCCAAAGGACCCCCAACUACCCCACCUCCCAAAGGAGCCCUUACUUCCCACAAAGGGGGCCCAGCAACCCCAUCUCCCAAAGAGCCCCUCACUCCAUCAGCUGCGGCUCCUCCCUCUCCCAAAGGGGGCCCAGCAACCGCAUCUCCCAAAAGAGCCCCAGCUACCCCACCUCCAAAGGGGGGCUCCACUCCCCCAGCUGUGGCUCCUCCUUCCCCCAAAGGAGACCCAGCAACUCCAUCUCUCGAAGAGGCUCCUGUUCCCUCAGCUCUGACUCCUUCCUCCCUCAAAGGGACUCCAGCCCCCGUAAGAGCUCCAGCUAUCCCACCUCCCAAAGGGGAUUCCACUCCCCCAGCUGUGGCUCCUCCCUCCCCCAAAGGAGGCCCAGCAACACCAUCUCCCAAAGGAACCUCAGCUACCCCACCUCCCAAAAGAGAUUCCACUCCCCCAGCUAUGGCUCCUCACACCCCCAGAGAGGCCCCAGCAAAUCCACUCAAAGGAGCCUCCACUCCCUCAGCUGUGGCUCCUCCCUCCCCCAAAGGGGGCCCAGCAACUCCAUCUCCCAAAAGAGCCCCAGCUACUUCACCUCUCAAAGGAGACCCUACUCCCCCAUCUGUGGCUCUUCCCUCCCCCAAAAGAGCCUCAGCAACUCUGGUCCCCAAAGAGUCUCCAGCAACCCCAGACCCCAAAGAGGUCCCCACUUCCCCAGCCAUGGCUCCUUCCUCCCCCAAAGGGGGCCCAGCAAGUCCAUCUCCCAGAAGAGCCCCAGCUGCCCCAUCUCUCAGAGGAGACCCUGCUCCGCCAUCUGUGACUCCUCCCUCCCCAAAAAGAGCCUCAGCAACUCCAGCCCUCAAAGAGGUCCCUACUCCCUCAGCUGUAACUCCUCCCUCCCCCCAAAAGUCUCUAGCCCCCAAAGGGGGGCCAACAACCUCAUCCUCCAAAGGGGCUCCCACUCCCCCAGCUGUGAUUCCUCCCUCCCCCAAAGAGGCCUGUACUUCCCCAGUUUCAGUCACAUGUCCUUUGGGCUCCACUGCACCACAGGCAUCUAAAGGGCCCCCAAUAAAGAAAGGCCCCACGGCUCUCAAAGCAGUGCUUGAUGCUCCAGCUCUAGAAAGUGCACCACUCGUCACAGCUCCCACUCAGAAGAAGAGUUCUAUUUCACCUCCUGUGUGCCCAGAUCCCUCAGCUCAGAAUGGUACUAAAGGAUCCCUUCCUACAGUGGCUCCAGCUCCUCUACUGACAGUCUGCACUCAGAAAGGUUCUCCAAAGGCUCCAAAAGCCCUCCCUAUUUCUCUUUUAAAGGGCAAAGACUCUUUCCAUUCCCCAAAGGGCCCCUUGGCUCCUCCUGAGUCUGAGACGUCUACCCCUUCAGUAGCAGCUGCCCCAGAGAAGGUCCUUCCUAAAGCUGGAUCUGCAUCUGUCUCUCCAGCACCUACCCCAUCAGUCUCUCUGCCUCUUGCUCCCUCCCCAGUUCCCCCUUUGCUCCCUAAACAGCAAUCUCUGCCGUCCUCACCUGGGCUGGUGCUGGAAUCACCCCGUAAGCCCUCAGCCCCUGCUGAUGAGGAUGAGCUGCCGCCUCUGAUUCCCCCGGAACCAAUCUCGGGGGGAGUGCCUUUCCAGCCGGUCCUCGUCAACAUGCCCACCCCCAAACCUGCUGGGAUCCCUGCCCCAACCCCCUCUGCCAAGCAGCCUGUUCUGAAGAAUAAUAAGGGGUCUGGAACAGAAUCUGAUAGUGAUGAAUCAGUACCAGAGCUUGAGGAACAGGAUUCUACACAGGCAACCACACAACAAGCCCAGCUGGCAGCGGCAGCUGAAAUCGAUGAAGAACCAGUCAGUAAAGCAAAACAGAGCCGGAGUGAAAAGAAGGCACGGAAGGCUAUGUCCAAACUGGGUCUUCGACAGGUUACAGGGGUUACUAGAGUCACUAUCCGGAAAUCUAAGAAUAUCCUUUUUGUCAUCACAAAACCAGAUGUAUACAAGAGCCCAGCUUCAGAUACCUACAUAGUUUUUGGGGAAGCCAAGAUCGAGGAUUUAUCUCAGCAAGCACAGUUAGCAGCUGCUGAGAAAUUCAAAGUUCAAGGUGAAGCUGUCUCAAACAUUCAAGAAAACACACAGACUCCAACUGUACAAGAGGAGAGUGAAGAGGAAGAGGUUGAUGAAACAGGUGUGGAAGUUAAGGACAUAGAAUUGGUCAUGUCACAAGCAAAUGUGUCGAGAGCAAAGGCAGUCCGAGCCCUGAAGAACAACAGUAAUGAUAUUGUAAAUGCUAUUAUGGAAUUAACAAUGUAACCAUCUUGAAAAGAGGACCUUUUUUUGGUGUUUCAAAAGAGUAACUGCAGCUGGGUUUGAAAUUUGUACUGUUUCUAUCAUUAAUAAAGUUAUGGCUUCUUGUUGGAUGAA